AUGACUUAUUGCCAUUACAUCUAUGCGUCUUUCAGGGGUAUCUAUGAGGGAGAAGAAUCUCUCCUGAGUGGGCUCCAGCAAAUCCGUCAAGGAGAUCAAAAAGUCGUCGAGUUAAAGCAUACACUUUCACUUCAUUACGUUCCUUGGUACAACAUCACUUCAUUCUGUAUCACAACAGCAAUCCUUAUUUUUCUAAAUUUUCUCGCAUUAAUCCACUCACAGACGUUUUACCCACAGACACUUUCACAUAGUUAUCGAUCUGAUGCACAUUUGACUGGCAUGCAUCAUCGAGAAGAAUAUGAUAAAUCACGCGUCACCGCCUCCAUGCACAUUCAUUUGACCCCAAACUUGAUGGUCCCUGCAUUUAUGGUAUUUUUCUUGGAACAAUCUCAAAACUGA